UUCUGAAUACAAAGUCACUCACUUUACUACCAAUCCUUUCUCUUCUCUUUUCGAGGUUGAUCCUCCAACUGUCAUUCACUUCAUUUGUGCUUUUUGUCUCUCUGUUGAUCAGACAGACCUUCAUUCAUUCCUUUCGAGAUCCUUUCUCAGAGUCAAACUUCGUUUCAAUCACCUUCAUUCAAAAUGUUUUUCAACAAUGGUCUCUUCCUCGGCGCCUUCGCCAUGACCGCUGCGGCCCUCCCCCACGUCCAGCAGCGUGAUGCCACCCCCAGCUCCACCAGCAGCCCAUCUGCCAGCCCUAGCUCCGGCGGCGGUGGCGGCGGCGGUGGCGGCGUCCAAAUCGUCAACAACAUGGAACAGGACGUCAACCUGUGGACCACCGACGACAGCGCAGGUGAUCAGCAGCACCUCUCCGGCGGCGGUGGCACCCACGAGCAGAAGUUCCAAACCAACAGCAACGGCGGCGGUAUCUCCAUCAAGAUGUCCACCACCGACGGCAAGGACAGCGUCCUCCAGUUCGAGUACACCGGUGAUGGCGACCAGGUCUUCUACGAUCUCUCCUCUAUCGACAUGGACCCCGAAUCCGCCUUCGUCAAGUCCGGCUUCUCCGUCCAACCCGAUGACUCCAGCUGCGAGCCGUCGACCUGCGAGCCGGGCGAUGCCAACUGCAAAGAGACCUACCAGAAGCCUGAUGACGACCACAACACCAAGGCUUGCUCCUCGGGCGCCACCUUUGUCGUCACUCUGGGCUAAGCCACAGGGAUGAUGGUCUUUUGAUUUUCCAUCCGGGGGAUCGGAAAUGCUAGUUUAAGCCACAGAGCUCAAGACAGGUCUUGGCUUACGGCCCGGUUGAGUUGAUCUCCCUCAAAUGUGUUAGAUUAUGUAUUUAGGUGUUGGUAUUUUGGUUCUGGAACCUGAUAAGAAGGCCAGAUGGAGUUAUAGUUUUACAAUGAUUGAAUAAAAA